AUGAAGACAUACAAUUCUUUAAAUAAUAUUAUGGGAUUCCAAGGGGAACACAACAGUACUGUUCCAUCAUAUAACAAAUCAAGUAUGGAGAAAUCAUCAAAUAUAAGAAAUAAUAGAGGAAGGGUUUAUUCUUUUCAUUUUCUUGUGAAAAUAUUUGCAUGUUCACUCUUCAUAUGGACCUUGUAUGUAUCACACAAUGGAAACGUUAGUACUAAUGUUGACGUUGUGAAUACCACUCAAGGAUUAAGCAAAGGAAGAAUUUUAACACAAGGAGAUCAUCACGAAGAAACUGAAGAUGUAAACCAUAAGGCUCAUCAUACUGGAGAACGUACUAGUUAUACAGAAGUAAAACAUAGACGUUCAUCUUCCAAUUCUCAUGUAGAAUCAAACACUUUUCAAAAUAAAGAAGAAACUGAAGUAAAUGCUGAUUCUGCAGAACAACAGAAUUAUGAUAAAGAACCAAGUCAAAAAGGUAAAGAUGUUAAAAAAAUGUUAAAGAAAGCUGAUAAUUUUAUUGAAACCAAAUUAGUUAGUGCUUUACAUCCAAAAAAAAAUCACUUAUUAAAAUUAGCCAUUCUUGCAUUCCCAAUAUUCAUGGAACAUGUCUCUAAUAUAUUUAAAAGAAGAGGAUUCAAAUAUAUUGGUUCUGCUAUGCAUUUAGUUUGUCUUGUAUUCUAUGUUUACAUAUUUAAAGUAAUUGUUAAUCAUUUAUUAACAAAUAAAGAAGACAGAUUUGCUCAUAUGGAAUCACAUGGAAAACAUGCUUUUGAUGAUAAUAAAUCUAAAAAAAAACCAAAAGAUAACAAAAGAUACGGAUCUGGAAGUCACGAUCACGAGGAAGAAGUAGUUGAAGCUUAA